UUGAAAGAGACGAUCAAAUACACCAUUGAACUAAACCGGAGAGAGAAAUAGAAUUUUCAAAGUCAAAUUACAGCUGCUACGAGCCAUUUAUUUUUUACUGUGUAAAACUUACGUGAUACAAAUUCAAAGUAAACGUGAGUGUUUUAUCGACAAUGUUUCGCAGUUCGACGAAUUUCGACAAAUUGCUAGAUAAGGCAACAAGCAAUUUGCACUUGGAACCAGAUUGGCCCACAAUUAUGCAAAUUUGUGAUCUUAUACGUCAGAGCGAUGUUCAGCCAAAAGUUGCACUUACUGCUAUAAGAAAAAAGAUGAAUAAUAGUAAUCCACAUAUAGCCCUGUAUGCAUUAUUGGUAUUAGAAUCUUGUGUAAAAAAUUGUGGAACACUGAUUCAUGAUGAGAUAGCUACUAAACAAUAUAUGGAGCAACUUAAAGAAUUAGUAAAAACUUCUCCUCAUGAGAAUGUCAGAAUGAAAACUUUAGAGCUAAUACAAGCUUGGGCUCAUGCAUUUCGUAACAGUCCCAAAUACAGGACAGUUCAAGAUACUUUAAAUAUAAUGAAGGCUGAAGGAUACCAAUUUCCCGCUUUAAAAGAAAGUGAUGCUAUGUUCAGAGCAGAUACCGCACCUGCCUGGGCGGAUGGUGAAGUAUGCCACCGGUGUCGUGUAACUUUCAGCAUGGUUCAACGAAAACAUCACUGCAGAGCAUGUGGUCAAGUUUUUUGCGCGCAGUGUUCGAGUAAGGUCUCUACUCUACCAAAAUUCGGAAUUGAGAAGGAAGUGCGAGUUUGUGUAGCUUGUUAUGAACAAGUUAAUAAACCGUCUACAACACAAACCAAAGAUACUGAUCUCCCAGUAGAAUAUCUCAAAAGCACUUUGGCUCAACAGCAACAAGUUCCAGUUCGAAAAACAGAAGAAGAACUCCAAGAGGAAGAAGAAUUGAAUCUAGCCUUAGCUUUGAGUCAAAGUGAAGCUGAACAGAAAGAAAAGGAAAAGAAACGCGCUGCGAGUGCUUUGAAAUCUAAUACUACUUCCACAGCUAAAUCAUCGUAUUCACCACCACCGUCACCUAGCCCUAGUCCGUUACGAGUGCAAGAUGACGACGACAUUGAUCCCGAGCUUGCUAAAUAUCUAAACCGCAAGUAUUGGGAACAAAGACAAACUGUAAGUGAAGAACAUGCAUCGAGAACUGACGUGACUAGUCCGUCCGCGCCUAAUAUAAGUAGCCCAAUGCCUCAAAAAAUCGCACUUGCAAAACAAGAGAAUGGCGAGAUCGAUACUCAAAUGGAAGAAUUUGUAAGUGGUCUUAGAUCGCAAGUAGAAAUUUUUGUUAACAGAAUGAAGAGUAAUUCUUCAAGAGGAAGGUCGAUCGCUAACGACAGUUCGGUUCAAACCUUAUUUAUGAAUAUAACAGCCAUGCACUCUAGAUUAUUGAGGUACAUUCAGGAACAGGAUGAUAGUAGAGUGUAUUAUGAAGGUUUGCAAGAUAAAUUGACUCAGAUGAAAGAUGCUAGAGCCGCUUUGGAUGCACUCCGAGAAGAACACAAGGAAAAGUUGCGGAGAAGAGCGGAAGAAGCUGAAAGACAGCGACAGAUGUUAAUGGCGCAAAAAUUGGCAAUCAUGCGAAAAAAGAAGCAAGAAUAUUUGCAGUAUCAACGUCAGUUGGCUUUGCGAAAAAUUCAAGAGCAAGAGAGAGAAAUGCAAAUGCGUCAGGAGCAACAGAAGCAGCAAUAUAUCAUGGGAGGUUAUCAAGCAGUUUCAGAUUAUAUAGGAGGACCUUCUCAAGGAUCGCCUGUUCGUCAUGUGCACUAUGCGACUCCUGCUAAUUAUCCUAUGUCACCGACAAAUCAGGGAGUUUACAUGUAUGGACAGUCACCUAUGGGUCAGUACCCUAUGCAAGGCUAUAACAUGCCACCAAUGAAUACUCUACCGGUGCAUAUGAUGCCACCGCUUUCUAAUCCGGAGCAACAAUCGACAGAUCCUAUUCAGGGACAGGAGAAUUUGGGUCGUGUGUCUAUAUCAGGCCCAGGAAUGAUGCCUCCUCAAAUGCCGCCUAUUCAGCAACUUCAACCGCCGAGCAACCAUCAGAUGGGUCCGCAACAGGUUCCUUCGGUGCACGUAUCAUCAGGACAAGCUGCUGCUGGCAGGCACAUAUCGCCUCAACAAACCGUCUCUUCCCAAAUCCCGCAGCAAACUCCUCCAUCUCAGAUCGGACUGCCUCCUAUACCUCAAAGUCACGUUGGUCUUUCAUCAGGUCCGGGAACUCACGUGCCUGGUGGUGGAACCUCUGUGCCGGUUGGUCUGCCUCCCCACAUAAGAUCGCAGCAAGCGUCCACAUUGCCUGUUAAUACCCAAGCAUCACAAAUGUCAGCUCAUGUUUCUAGCGCUGCUAUUUCGUCCCAGCCUUCAAGUGUAAUCCAAGUACCCGGUGGAGUUGUUCCCGCAACGGGAAGUCAAGCUUUACCUGGUCCACAGACAUCUGGCAUACCGUCGAUGCAAGGAAUAACUGCGAUUCCGACGGCGCAAUCAAUGCCAUAUCGGCCUACUCCUCCUCCUCCUCCUCCACCUUCUUCUCCUCCUCCAGUCCCAACAACAGCUAGCGAAGCUUCGAAGAAAGAGGAAGAUGUAAAGCCUACGACUGCUGAACUGAUUUCUUUCGAUUAAAUAGAUGAUUAUGUGCAUUGCAUUUAAAAAGGUAACAAUUGUAUUUACCUCUUUUCUUUCUCUAAAUUACAAAUGUUGUCUUGAUGAAGGCACGAGAUACAAAUGCUUUGUUUUUAUUAAAUUAAAUGAUGUUAAAAGACUACGUUAGCGAAAUAUAAUACGAAGAAUAUAACUUUCCGCUCUAUACGCUAAGUUUAUAUAUGCUAAGCAAUUAUUUUAUGACAUCGAAAUUAAGUUGUUUUUUGCUAUCUUGUUCCUCACAAAACAAGUUGUUAGACGUGUAUAAAUAUGUGUGUGUUAUUGUAUGUACAGAAUAUCCUUUGCAGCAUCUAAAAUAAAAUUAUAAAUACAAAUAAAUAAAAUAUAAAAUUUUUAAUAUAAUAAAUUUAAUUGUAUUUACACGUAUGUUAUUCAACCCUUAGACAUUUAGUACUUAUUACUUAAGUUUUACUCAUUUUAGGAUUAUUUCAAUCAAACGUAUAUUUGUCACAAUCUCUAGUUUUUCUGUUACACCGAGUAUAAUGAAACGUGUAACAAGAUGAUUUACGUUAAGUAAUUGUUGAGUUUAUCAACAUCUUUAAGAUCAACGUAACCCAUUGAUGAGCGACGUGAUGCUUCUUAUGUUCAUCGCACUUGGUGCAAUGGAAGAACAGAAUUAUGUUUACUGUUUUUUACUACAUGUACAAAAAUUAUAGAUUUUAUCCAAAGAUCAUAUACAAUUUUUUCUGUAUUUUUCUUUAUUAUAGAAAAACUAAUUGGAACAGGAAGAUAUAUAUACGAAUUAAUAACAAAAAGUUUGUUUACAUGAUUCGCUUAUCGUUAAAAUUAUAUAUAAAUUAUUCUUAAAUAAUUUAUUUUUCUUGCUUAAAAUAGAAAAGUACUUACAA